AUGCCGGCCCCCGAUCGACGUUUGAUUGCCAAAAUCUUCAUUCUCCGGAGACUUCGAAGAAAAUUGAAGCGAAAAGUGCGAGCUUCAAUCCGGCCUAUGUUCUGGAAUCGAGUGGACCAGGGAGACAGCAUUUUAAUGAAAGAAUUGCGUGAAGACCCUCAUUAUCAUCACCGUUACUUCCGGAUGAAUAUGGAAAACUUUGAUGAGAUUUUGAUGCUGAUUACUGGGGAAAUUACAGGAAAAAUGACCCAUAGCCGACCUAUUUCUGUCGAAGAGAAACUUGGGAUAACUUUAAGAUUUCUUGCCACCGGAGCUUCCCAAAUCUCUCUCUCCUUCAGUUAUAGAAUCUCGCCUUCCUCAGUUUCGAAGAUUCUACGAGAAGUUUUGCAAACAAUAGUGAAAAUAUUCGGCCACAUUCAUCUACCACCACCGACAACUGAUCAAUGGAUAACCAAUGAGAUUGGCUUCCGAACUCGGUGGAAUUUUCCAAAUUGCGUUGGUGCUGUAGACGGGAAACACUGCAGAAUUCAAGCACCAAAUUUUUCGGGGUCCACUUACCACAAUUAUAAAGGCUUCUUCUCCAUUGUUCUCAUGGCUGUUGUCGACCAUAAAUACAAAUUUUCUGCUGUGGAUAUUGGAGCCUCGGGUUCGCAGUCAGAUGGAGGCGUAUUUGGACGAUCGGAAAUAGGAAAGAGGCUUGAAAAUGGAAAAUUGGGGCUACCAGAGCCAAAAAUAGUUGGACCUCACCUCCAACCCCAUGUUAUCGUGGCUGAUGACGCUUUUGCUUUAAAGCCUUACAUGAUGAAGCCAUUCCCAGGAAAAUUUCUCACCCUGGAGCGUCGUAUUUACAAUUACCGUCUUUCUCGAGCGAGAAAUGUGUCGGAGAAUGCAUUCGGGAUGUUAGCUGCUAGAUGGAGGAUAUUUCACACGCCAAUAGUUGCAUCACUUGACUUAACCAGGCUCUAUCCUGGUUAA